AUGUUACCGAAUAAUUCAGUUCAAUGUAUUGUUACUUCACCACCAUACAAUAAACUUGGUCUUCGAGAAGGUCGUCAAUAUAAAGGACAAAUUAUUUAUGAUACAUAUGAUGAUAAUAUGAAUGAAGAUGAAUAUCAACAAUGGCAAUGUAAUUUAUUAAAUGAAAUAAAUCGUGUAUUGACACCAAAUGGUUCUCUUUUUUACAAUCAUAAAGAUCGUCGCUAUUGUAAACGUGAUUAUCCUCCUGAAAAUUUUAUUCUUCAAAGUAAUUUAAAAUUAUAUCAAACAAUUAUUUGGGAUCGUGGUUAUACAGCUAAUCAAAAUUCUGGAUAUUUUCGUCCAAAUCUUGAAAAAAUUUUUUGGUUAACAAAAUCUUCAAUUGAUUGUUUAUCACUACCAAAAUUUUAUCGUAAUAAAUUACCAGAAUGUUUUAAAAGUUCAAUAUGGAGAAUAGCACCUGAUCGAAAAAAUUCACAUCCAGCACCAUUUCCACAAUUAUUAGCUGAAAUUUGUAUUUUGGCAACAACUGAUCAAGGUGAUCUUGUAUUAGAUCCAUUUGCUGGAUCUGGUACAACACUUGUAGCUGCAGCUAAUCUUAAACGAUCAUUUCUCGGUUUUGAUAUUAGUAAAAAAUAUCAACGUAUGUUUCAAAAACGAUUAACUAAUUCAAAUGCUCAAGUGAAUCUUUGGGAACAAAUGUUUGUCGUAGAAAAAAUUCUUGAUCAACGAAUUCGAAAUGGUUGUGUUGAAUAUUUACUGAAAUGGAAAGGUUUUGAUCAUGAUCAAAAUACUUCACAUGUACACAAAAGGAAGGUUACUUCAUCGAGUGAAGAAGAACUUGAUGAAAGGACGGCCAAACGUAUUGCUAAGAAGAAAUUAUUAUUGAAGAAGAAAAAUUUAUCUGACUUAUCCGAUGAUGAUGAUUAA